CCAAUCCCGCCGGCCGUCUCGUCGUCUUGAUGCGGCUUCGACGACAUCCCCUGCUCGCAGGUCGUCUUCUCCGUCGCAGUUCUUUGCUUCCCGGCACCUUGCUCCGCGUUGUCGGCGCCGUCGUCGCCUCCUCUCCGUCCACUGCCUCCUCUCUCGGACAGAAUCUGGUUGAACAAUAAAUCAACCAGCUCCAAGAAGGGAGCUUGUCUUUCACAAAUGAUUGGCACCAUAACACUCAAAAUCCAAUGUCAAAGGCCAUCCUCGCUCGAAUCAAACCCCGUAACCGCCCCAAAGCCACCACCUAUACGCCGACCCGCUUCAGUCCCUGCAUCCACAACCUCAUUAUUGACGCCGUUCGAAUACUGGCAACCCACGCCCAAUGGCAGGACUCCCUUGCGUCUCGCUUUGCAGAAUCCGAGGUUCUAGUUUCAGACGUUGCCAAUUUCAUUCUAGACCGAAUACACGACCCCGAACUGGGUUUGAAGUUCUUCGACUGGGCUAACUCGAGACCCUUUUCUUGUUCCCUCGAUGGCUUUGCUUAUUCCUCUCUUCUUAAGCUCCUGGCAAGAUUCAGAGUGUUCUCCGAGAUCGAGCUGGUUCUGGACAGCAUGAAAGUUGGGAACUUGAAGCCUACCCAUGAAGCUUUGAACUCUCUGAUUCGAGCCUACGGAGAUUCUGGGAUGGUUGAUGCUGCCCUACGGUUAUUCUAUACAGUGCGGGAAAUGCAUGGUUGUUUUCCCAGUGUUGUCGCUUCUAAUUCGUUGCUGAAUUGUUUGAUCAAAAGGGGGAACGUUGAGGUUGCAAGGAAGCUGUAUGAUGAAAUGCUUGUGACAGAUGGUGGCACUGGUAAGGUUGUGGAUAACUAUAGCACCGGGAUAGUGGUUAAGGGUCUAUGCGGCUUUGGGAAGGUUGAGGAAGGUAGAAGGUUGAUUGUAGAUAGAUGGGGGAAGGGUUGUGUGCCCCAUGUUGUGUUCUACAAUAUGAUUAUUGAUGGGUAUUGCAAGAAGGGUGAUCUCCAAGGUGCAACUAGAGUUUUCAAGGAACUGAAAUUGAAGGGAUUUUUGCCAACGUUAGAAACUUAUGGUGCUAUGAUUAACAGUUUAUGCAAGGAAGGGGAUUUCGUGACAAUUGAUCAACUUAUGAAAGAAAUGGUUGAGAGGGGAUUGAGUGUGAAUAUUCAAGUGUAUAAUAAUAUUAUUGAUGCUCAAUACAAGCACGGUCUGGUGGCAAAAGUAGCUGAGACAAUGAGAAGGAUGGCUGAGAUGGACUGUAAGCCGGAUAUUACUACGUACAAUAUUAUGCUUAACUUUUCGUGUAGAGUUCGAAGGAUCAAAGAAGCUGAUGAACUUUUAGAGAGGGCAAUAGAAAGGGGAUUAAUGCCUAACAAGUUUAGUUAUACGCCUCUUAUGCAUGCUUAUUGCAGAAAAGGGGAUUAUGUUAAGGCAUCAAAUAUGCUUUUUAAGAUUGCCGAAACAGGAGAAAAACCAGACGUGGUUUCGUAUGGAGCUUUUAUCCAUGGAGCCAUUGCUGCCGGGGAAAUUGAUGUUGCACUUAUGGUAGGGGUUAAAAUGAUGGAAAGGGGAGUAAUUGCUGAUGCCCAAAUUUACAAUGUCCUGAUGAGUAGCCUAUGCAAGAAAGGGAAUUUUCCUGCUGCCAAAUUGCUACUUUCAGAAAUGCUUGACCGAAAUGUUCAACCAGAUGCAUAUGUUUAUGCCACCUUGGUAGAUGGAUUAAUUAGGAAUGGUGAACUUGAUGAGGCAAGAAAGCUUUUUGAAGUCAUAAUUGCAAAGGGUAUAGACCCCGGUAUUGUUGGGUACAAUGCCAUGAUUAAAGGUUUUUGUAAAUUCGGAAAGAUGGCAGAUGCUCUGUCAUGCUUGAAUAGGAUUAAAAAUGCACGUCAUUCUCCAGAUGAAUACACUUAUUCCACAUUUAUAGAUGGGUAUGUGAAGCAGCAUGACUUGCAAAGUGCACUCAAGAUGUUUGGGCAGAUGGUGAAACAGAAGCUCAAGCCAAAUGUGGUCACCUACACGUCCUUGAUCAAUGGAUUCUGCAAUAUAGCAGAUUUGGGCAGAGCUGAAAAAGUUUUCGCAGGGAUGCAAUCUUUCAAUUUGCAGCCUAAUGUUGUCACAUACACUAUACUUAUAUGGGGAUUCUGCAAGACCACUAAACUUGAAAAGGCAGCAACAUUUUUUGAACUUAUGCUGACAAAUAGUUGUCUCCCAAAUGACACUACGUUCCAUUAUCUGAUAAAUGGUUUGACAAAUAAUACAAACGCACUGGUUCUUGUUGAGAAAAAUGUGUCUGACAAAGAUUGCAGAACCUUGCUAUUGGAUUUCUUUGCAGUGAUGAUAUCGGAUGGAUGGAGCCCUGUGAUUGCUGCUUAUGAUUCCAUUAUUAUUUGUCUUUGUAAGCAUGGAAUGUUUGACACUGCUCAGUUGUUGCAAACAAAGAUGCAGAGUAAGGGGUUUCCUAUGGAUCCUGUAUGUUUCAGCGCUCUGCUACAUGGGUUAUGCCAGAAAGGUAAAUCAAAAGAGUGGAGAAAUACUAUAACUUGCGACAUAAGUAAGAUUGACCUACAAACUGCUGUUACGUAUUCCCUGAUAUUAGACAAAUACUUGGGUCAAGGUAUGCAUUCAGAGGCUUCGGUUAUUUUGCAGACCUUGAUUGAUGACUCCAGGGCUUCUGAGCAUCCUGCAGAACAUGAUCUAAAGGUUAUAGUAAGAUAGGGAACGAGGAAAUGUAAUAUAUAAAUGUAAUAUACGGGGAGUUAGAAUUUCAAAAAAGAUGACCCUUCCAUAUUUUUUAUCUGGAUUCUGCCAUGCUUGAGGACAGCAUCCAUGAAAGAAACAGUGCAGGUUUUUCAU